AUGUGGCUGAGGACAGCGCUCCUCUCUCUCCUCACCUGCGCCCACUUCGGCGCAGCGUCUCCCUACCGGAGCGACCUUGUCGAUUACAACCUCAACGUAAAUCAAAAUGCCGCCUCCCCGCUCGAGUACUCGACCAACAAGCUCAGCAGCUACACCAAGUCCCCCAGCAACUGGCGCGCCAUCCCAUUCUACACCAUCCUUACGGAUAAAUUCGCAGAUGGCGAUCCCUCCAACAACGACUACUUCGGUACCAUUUUCGAGUGGGAUUGGAGAGAGACGCAGUUGCGCUCAGGUGGUGAUCUUAAGGGUCUCGUUGGCAAGUUGGACUACCUCUACGGAAUGGGUAUCAGAGGCAUCUUCAUCUCCGGCACUCCUUGGAUCAACAUGCCCUGGCAGGCAGACAGCUACUCUCCCCUCGAUUUCUCCGUCCUCGAUCCUCACUGGGGCACCCUCGCCGAUUGGCAGGCCACGAUCAAACAGAUUCAUGACCAUGGCAUGUAUAUGAUGGCCGACUUCACUGUCGGAACUAUGGCGGACCUCAUUGGCUUCGAUGGGUACCUAAAUACGUCUGCCCCUUGGACGCUUGAUGAACACGGUGUCGUUUGGAAGAACCCGGAGUACGCGCCGUGGAACUUCUCCACAUACAAGGAUUUCGAGUUCGGCAACACCCGCAACAAGUCCUGCGUACUCCCUGUUUUCUGGGACGAAGACGGCACCAUCUACGACUCUGGUUACACUAACGGAUGCCUGGAUUCUGAUUUCGACCAAUACGGAGAUAUGGAAGCUUUCGGUGUCCACCCAGACUGGCAACGUCAGCUCGCGAAGUUCGCGUCCGUACAAGAUCGUCUGCGAGAGUGGGACUCCGACGUCAUGGCUCGGAUCGCCACAUUCUCCUGCAUGGCCCUCCAAGCUCUUGACUUCGAUGCCAUCCGUGUCGAUAAGUCGACCCAGGUCACCGUUGACGCCAUGGCGACAUGGGCUACUGCCACUCGCAAAUGUGCCUCUGAUCUUGGCAAGACCAACUUCUACAUCACGGGUGAAGUUACGGGUGGUGACACUUUUGGGUCUUUGUACUAUGGACGCGGUCGGACUCCGACGCAAAGGCCAGUCGGUGCCGAAGCUGCCAUGAACAUUACCAAUUCCGACAACCAGUACUUCCUCCGUGACGCUCCGAACAACGGGCUUGACGCCGUGGCCUUCCACUACACGACGUACCGUUCGAUCGCCCGUUACCUUGGCAUGGACGGUAACUUGCAAGUUGCGUAUGAUACCAGGGAGGGUUUCGCCGACCAGUGGGCCGACAUGGUGACUAACAACGACAUGGUCAACCCUAACACUGGUGCUUUCGACCCGAAACACAUGUUCGGUACCAGUAACUUCGAUGUCUUCCGUUGGCCCAGCUUGCAGAAUGGUACUCAACGUAGCGUGUGGGCUACCUUUAUUACUAACCUCGUCAUGCCCGGUGUUCCCCUGUACUUCUACGGAGAGGAGCAGAACUUUUACCUCUUCGACACCACUGCGGACAACUAUCUUUACGGACGUCAGGCCAUGUUUUCGAACAAAGCGUGGCAACGUCACGGUUGCUACUCGCUGGGUUCCGAGCAGUACUACAGCAUGCCGCUUUCCAAGUCUGUGCUUGGCUGCCAGGACGACUGGAAUGCUCUCGAUCACUUCGACCCCACCACCGACAGCCGUCGCAUCUUCGCCCAUUUCCUUGCUCUUCGGAACCAUUUCAGUGUUCUCCAAGACGGUUUCGAGCUCACUCAGCUUCAGAACCUCACCUACGAUAUUUACCGUCCUGGAUCCGACGGCGCUUCGUCGACGAUUGGUCUGUGGUCUGUCUCGCGUGGUGCUUCGUCUACGCAAACCCUUACGGGCAGCAACAACGACGUCUGGUUCCUCUGGACUAACGUAAACCAGACGGCUUCAUGGAACCCUUCUUGCACCAAGGCCAAUCACAUCGCUGCCCCCUUCAAGAGCAAUACCCAAGUUCGAAACCUCUUCUACCCCUACGAGAACGUUACUCUGUCUGCCAGCAACGAUGAUAACGGCUGCCUCGCGUCGCUCACAAUGGAUCCCUUUAGCUUCAAGGCCUAUGUUCCUGUCGAGGAUUGGAUUGCUCCACCCCCCAUGCUCACCUCUUUCACUCCUGGGCACGAUGCGCGCAGCCAAGCCGAGAGCGGGGACGCGAAUGCGACGACGCUUGAUGUUGUUCUCUACUACAAUACGCCAAUGGACUGCAACUCCGUCACGAGUGGAAUCACUCUCACCUUCACUGGCAAUGGAAACGCCCCUUCCUUCGGCACCGCCGACUGUUUGACCAUCACUGAUGCUCCCGCCCCCAAGAUUUCUGGUGCUUCCGUCACACAAUGGCGUUGGUCCAACACGCUCACGAAUUUCAACGACGGAAUCCUCGAGAUCCAAAUCAAGAACGUGGUCUCCCAGACCGGCGUGUCCACGAACGUGACUGAUCAUCUCCUUGUGCGCAAGGGUUCCUCGAAGAACGUGAUGGUGUUCCCCGAUUCAGAUUACGACUCCGACGCGUUCAGCGUCUCCGGUGGCACCUACACUUUCAAGCACUCUGCAUGGGGCGCCGACAAGUUCCGCUACUCUGCGAACUUCGGUCAGAACUGGACGGACUGGGCGGCGUAUGAACAAACGACCACCCUCAACGCCACGAUGUUCGAGGACGACGAUAACUUCUGGGAUGGGCAUCACAUCAUGGUGCAGUACUGGUCCGACCUCGCGAAGUCUGCUAGCACCAUGGUUCACGCAGACAGCGGUGUCUCUAUGCCCCGUCGCGUACCCCAGCUCCUGGCUCGCGGCCCGUUCAACGAGUGGGGCUUCGACAAGGGCAUCCCCUCCAAGAUGGAGCAGCGUUCGAAGGAUAACAAGUGGGAGCUCGAGAUCAUGGCGAGCUGGCCGACCUACAUGCAGAUCAACGUCUUCGGUUUCGACAACUACUACUAUGGUGAUCUCGAUUACGACGGUGUUCUCGAUCGUCUUCCGCCCAACACGGCCGCGCCGAACUACCUCAACAUCUCCGCGCCCCCAAAGCCUCAUCUUGCUUGGGCCCUCGUCAUCGACGACACGACAAUGACUUGGACCCUCGAGCCACGCGGCGAAUCCCUCAUCGGCGCGUUGACGUACGCUCUCCUCCUCGCCAUCCCCUUGAUCACCGGUGCCUUGGCCGUCGUCAUCUUCAUGUGGUCGUUCUACGGUAUCAAGUACAACAAGUGGGGUGUCAAGCCGAACAAGGAGAGCAGCUACUUCCCUAUCCUGGGUGCCCUCGGCAAGCAUAGGGACGACAAGAAGGAGCACACCCCCAUCUCCGAGAAAGUUUUCGGCCACCAUCACAAGAACCACGAGCUCAUCGGUUGGCCGGAGGUCAAGGACAAACGUCGUACUGUCUUGAUCUCCACCCUUGAGUACGAAAUCAUCGACUGGAAGCUCAAGGUCAAAAUUGGCGGUCUUGGUGUCAUGUCGUCUCUCAUGGGCAAGGCUAUGACGGACGUCGACCUUAUCUGGGUUGUGCCCAAGGUCAAGGAUCUCGAGUACCCUCCUGGCGACCCCACCGAUCCUAUCGAGGUCACCAUCUUCGGCGAGCCGUAUCUCAUCGAGGUCGAGUACCACGUCCUGGACAACAUUACCUACGUCCUCCUCGAUUCGCCAGUGUUCCGUGCACAGACAAAAGCUGACCCGUACCCCGCCCGCAUGGACGAUCUGUCCUCCGCCAUCUUCUACUCGACUUGGAAUCAGGCCAUUGCCGCAACGGUCCGCCGCUUCCCGCACAUCGACAUCUACCACGUGAAUGACUACCACGGCGCGCUCGCCCCGAUCUACCUCCUCCCUAAGGUUAUUCCCGUCUGUCUCUCGCUCCACAACGCCGAGUUCCAGGGUCUGUGGCCGCUCCGCACCAAGGAGGAGAUGAAGGAGGUUUGCUCAGCGUUCAACAUCAGCAAGGAGCACUGUACAAAAUACGUCCAGUUCGGCAACACAUUCAACCUGCUCCACGCCGCCGCGUCAUUCAUCUCUGUUCACCAGAAGUCCAUCGGUGUCGCCGGUGUGUCGGACAAAUACGGCAAGCGGUCAUGGGCACGGUACCCCGCCCUGUGGACGCUCAAACACGUCGACUCGUUGCCGAACCCCGACCCGACAGAUAUCGCCGCUCUGGACGAGAACCCCGUUUCAGUCCGUGACAUCCAGAUCGACCAAGUGGCCGAGGCCGAGCGUCCGGAGCACAAGCGUCAGGCGCAGGAGUGGGCUGGUAUCAAGCAGGACCCGAACGCUGACUUGUUCGUAUUCGUCGGCCGUUGGUCUAAGCAGAAGGGUGUCGAUUUGAUCGCAGACGUCAUGCCCUCACUUCUCGAGAAGCGUCCGUCUAUCCAACUUAUCACCGUCGGCCCCGUCAUCGAUCUCUUCGGCCGUUUCGCCGCGGAGAAGCUCGCCCGGCUCAUGGAGAUGUACCCCGACCGUGUGUACUCUAAACCCGAGUUCACGGCACUGCCCCCGUACCUCUUCAGCGGUGCCGACUUUGCGCUCAUUCCGUCGCGUGACGAGCCGUUCGGUCUCGUUGCCGUCGAGUUCGGUCGUAAGGGUGCUCUCGGUGUUGGUUCGCGACUUGGUGGUCUCGGACUUAUGCCCGGUUGGUGGUUCCCCGUCGAGUCUACAUCCACGGAGCACAUGAUGUCUCAGCUCACGAAGACGGUCAAGAUGGCGCUCAAGUCCACGGAGGAAGAGCGUGCCAUGCUCCGUGCUCGGUCUGCGGUCCAGCGUUUCCCUGUCGUCGAGUGGCGUCAGCGCAUGGAGGACUUCCAUAAGCGGUCCAUCAAUACGUCCCGGGGUAUUGCUGCUUCCAACGCCUGGAGGCCUUCGGACGCCAACUACACGCCCUCGGUCCAUCACAUGCAGGAGCCUUCCAGCUGGGAGCCUGAGUACCAGGCCUACCCUUCGCAGCCCGACUGGGACGCCCGUAGCCUCGCGGAAGCCGGCAGCCCUCGCACGAGCCACAUCCCCGGAUCUCCUGGCCAAUGGACUCCCGACCCGAUGACCCCCGGUACGCCUCACGACCCGCACCUCGCCGCACCUCGUCUCCUCGACAGCCGCCGUGGUUCCUUCAGCACGGACGUCUCGGAUAACGAUCGCGACUACUUCUCGGCCAACCCGCAUAGCCCCGGUGAACAGCGUCAGGACUACGGCAACUUUUUGGAGCGCGCGAACAAAACCAUCGGCCGCGACCAACGCCAUGUGCCCGAUCCGUUCUUGGACGCGUCGCCCGGUCCCUCGCGGCCGUUCGGUGCCCACUCGCGUGUGUCGUCGGUCGAGUCGAUCUCGUCCAUUGUCGAUGAGAAGCAGAACUCCCCGCUCAACAAGGCCAUUGCUUCGUUCACGGAUUCCGACGGCGGUGUCGCUACCGACUUCGUUCAAAGGCUGCAGAUGCUCAACGCCCACAACUCUAAGCACGAGCUCUCCAUCGAGAAGUUCCUCAUGAAGAGCGAGGAGGCAUUCUUCGACAAGGUCAAGAAGGACAAGCUUUCCAGCGCCGCUAGCAUCCGCUCCUCCCAGCGCGACUCAGUGUGGGGCACGCCCGCGCCUUCCACUUUCGAUCACUCGCGUCCGUCAUCGCCCUCGGGCCACUCGUUUGCACCCAGUGUGAACGGCGACUACAGCGGUCCACUUCCGAACGGCAACGACGCGGUGGUUAUGACUCGCCUCCAGAUCGCUCUCGCCCGCGAAGUCGGUGGCUGGCCACUCUACACCAUCAUCAUCGCGACCGGCCAGAUGCUUGCCGCAACCAGCUUCCAGAUCACGCUGCUUUCCGGCUCUGAGUCGCAAACGAGCAUCCAGCUCUACGUCCUCGGCGGUGUCUUCCUCGCAUCCUCGAUCGUCUGGUACUUCCUGUUCCGCGUCAAGCCCUCCGUAUGGGUGCUCUCCGCUCCGUGGUUGUUCUACGGUAUUGCUUUCCUCCUCAUCGGUCUGCCGUCAGUCACCAAGGGCCUCAACUCGACGCACGACGCGCUGUCGAGCGCUGCGACGUGGUCAUACGCCAUCGCGUCCGCCGCCGCCUUCGCCUUCUUCGGUCUCAACUUCGGUGAAGAGGCUGGUGCGGCAACGGAGGUCUGGAUGUUGCGUGCGUGCAUCGUUCAGGGUUCGCAGCAGAUUUGGGUUGCCGCGCUCUGGUACUGGGGCUACAGGCUCGACACCAACGGCUCCUCAGCCGCGGGCCCGUGGUGGAUUGUGCUCGUCGUCUGGCCACUGGCUGCGAUGUCCUUCCUGUUCUGCUACCUCAUGCUUUACGGUCUUCCUGACUACUACCGCCAGACGCCGCCCAAGGUACCCAAUUUCCUCAGGACGCUCUUCCGCCGGAAGAUCGUGCUUUGGUUCCUUGGCUCCGAGAUUCUCCGUGACUACUGGCUCAGCGGACCUUACGGACGGAAUUGGAGUUUCCUCUGGAACGUCGACAUCCCGAAGUGGCAGAUCGCGUGCCUCGUCGUCGCGUUCUUCAUCGUCGUUUGGGGUCUCAUGAUGGGCAUCCUCACCUGGCUCUCCAAGACGCACACCUGGCUUUUGCCCGUUUUCGCCGUCGGCCUCGGCGCGCCUAGAUGGUGCCAGAUGCUCUGGGGCACGUCCUCGCUCGCCCUAUACAUCCCCUGGGCGGGCCAUGCCGGGCCCUACCUCGGCGUCUGCCUCUGGUUGUGGCUCGGUGUGCUCGACGCCAUCCAGGGUGUCGGCUUGGGUCUCAUCCUACUCCAGACGCUCUCCCGCCUGCACGUGUGCGCAACGCUCGCGUUCUCACAGGUCAUCGGCUCCAUCUGCGUUAUGGUCGCGCGCGCGACCGCGCCGAACAGGAUAGGGCCCGAGAGCGUCUUCCCUGACGCGGCACAGUGGGACUUCGAGGACGGCCUGACGGGAAGCCCGUUGGCAUCCGCGCCGUUCUGGAUCGCGCUCGCCUGCCAAAUCAUCAUCGUCAUCGGCUACUUCUGGUUCUACCGCAAGGAGCAGCUCGCGCGGCCAUGA